UUUUUUGGACAGUGUGGACUUGGACUUGUGGAGCUUGAAGAUUUUCUUUUUCUUUUACUGGGAAAAAAAUAUUUGGACUGAAUUCAAACAAAAGCUCUGUUUCAUUUCAGAAAUCCCAGUUCACUGUGCUCUCUCUCUCUCUCUGUUAUCCAUGGAAGCCUCUGCAACAAUGCUCCCACUCUCUCAGGUCCCUCGUUUCUUCCCACAUAAACCCAACAGAAGCAAAUUAGCUUGUCCUCCUUGUGGCCCAUCCAAACCAAGAAGAACCUCUCUGCCCAGUCGUCUACACUGCCAAAAGAUGUAUGUCCCUGGAUUUGGAGAAGCAUCGCCAGAAGCAAAAGCAGCCAACAACCUCCAUAGUUUCUUCACUUACAUUGCAGUUAGAAUUGUCACUGCACAGCUUGAGAGUUACAACCCCGAGGCAUAUGAAGAGAUGAUGGAAUUUUUGAGUAGAAACUCGUUGAACGAUGGAGACCAAUUCUGUGCCAACUUGAUGCGUGAAUCUUCCAGGCAUAACGCUCUUGCUUUGCGCAUCUUAGAGGUUCGGUCGGCAUAUUGUAAAAAUGAUUUCGAGUGGGACAACUUAAAGCGAUUAGCUUUCAAGAUGGUGGAUGAAUCCAACACGAGACUCAUGAGAGAUUAUGUCUUAGAAAUAAGUCACGUGGAAGGUGAAGGGAAGUGAGAAGUGACCAAUCCCAAUCCAAUUUCCAAGCAAUGUCAAGUUAAUGUUAGUAUUAUAUAUGUAAAACAAAUUGGGCUCCAUAUUAUAAAGUUUACAUUGAGAGCAUCCUUCCCCU